UUUCAUUAACUGCACCUGGCAGGCGGCCUGCAGAUUAACUGCUGCUGCUGCAAACAUCCAAACCCCCUGUUUUCCUGUGGAACAUCACCUCACCCACUGAAUGGAGUCAUUAUCGAAAGUGGAUGAGGCUUUUCCUUCACCUCCACCUUACUUCCCACAAGAUGAAAGUCAAACGGGUAAAGAUGUGAGGAUUUACCACAUCCACUCACCGUUCAGUCCUCCACCUCCUCCUCCCUCCUUCUCCUUCGCUUCUGAUGGCAUCUCCACUCAAUCUCAUCUACCUCUGCCGGUAUCCGGUCUGUAUCCAUGCAGCCCCAGGCCAAAGUUCGUGAGCUAUGAGAACGAACUGUUUCGCUCUCCGGGCCUGACGUGUUGUCACUCCUGUCGGACUCAGGUCACCACACAGGUCGACUACAAAGUCGGGAGAUAUGCAUGGCUCAUGUGUCUUGUGUUUGUGUUUUGCGGGUUGGUGCUCGGUUGCUGCCUGAUUCCUUUCUUUGUGAAGCACUUCAAGGACGUCUAUCACAUUUGUCCUCACUGUAGACGGGUUCUGCACGUUCACAGGAGGACAUGCUGUGGCUGAACACACACACACACACACUACUUUUUCAGCAAGACUUCUGUCACUAACAGUGUGUAUUAAGUGGAUACUUAAAUGAAUUUAUAUUUACAACGAUGCAUAAUUUAUCUAGAAGAUUUUAUCUAUACGUUUUUAACUUAUGUUGUGUUACAGUCCAAUCAAAUAAAUGUUUUCU